GAGGUGCUCUCCAUCCCUGGGCGGGUUGGGCCACAGCCUGCGUGAACCCAGACCUGCUGUUUCUGGGAACUGUCACCCCAACCCCCAGCUCUCCCGGAUAGGGCGCUUUCUGUGCUCAGCUGUUUGGAUGCAUUAUCUCGCCACAGUCACAUAUUUUACAGUUAAGGAAACUGAGGCCUAGGGCCGCACAGCUGUUUAGCGUCGUUGUUGUAAUGUGGAGGUGAGAUGCUGAGGCCUUGCAGCCAGAUUCACCUGGGUGCACAUCGGGCGCCGCACAAAUCUGCAGUGUGACCUUGGGCACGCCUUGGUUCCCUCUCCAGGCCUCCGUUGUGAUGCUGGCCACACACAACUCAGCUGUACCAGCAUGUGCCGGAGACCCGCUGGCCCAUCGUGUAUUCACCACGCUACAACAUAACCUUCAUGGGCCUGGAGAAACUGCACCCCUUUGACGCAGGGAAAUGGGGCAAGGUGAUCAGCUUCCUAAAAGAAGAGAAGCUUCUGUCAGAUGGCAUGCUGGUGGAGGCACGGGAGGCUUCGGAUGAGGACCUGCUGGUGGUGCACACAAGACGCUAUCUCAAUGAAUUGAAGUGGUCCUUCGCUGUUGCGACCAUCACAGAGAUCCCCCCUGUCAUCUUCCUCCCGAACUUCCUUGUGCAGAGGAAGGUGCUGAAGCCCCUUCGGACCCAAACAGGAGGAACCAUCAUGGUGGAGGCUUCCACCACUGCUCCAGUGACCGGGGCGGGGGCUUCUGCGCCUACGCGGACAUCACACUGGCCAUCAAGGGAGAUCGCACAGCCUCCAACAAUGGCAGGGACAGGAGACAGCAGCCUAUUUGUCAACAAUAUAGGGAGCGCACUGCUCCCCCAGAGUGAGGAGCAGUUUUUGUUCGAGCGAGUGGAGGGCAUCUCCAGAGCCACCAUCGUUGAUCUUGAUGCCCAUCAGGGCAAUGGACAUGAACGGGACUUCAUGGGUGACAAGCGUGUGUACAUCAUGGAUGUCUACAACCGGCACAUCUACCCUGGGGACCGCUUUGCCAAGCAGGCCAUCAGGCGGAAGGUGGAGCUGGAAUGGGGUACGGAGGAUGAUGAGUACCUGGAUAAAGUGGAGCGGAACCUGCAGAAGGCCCUCCAAGAGCACCUGCCCGACGUCGUGGUGUACAACGCGGGUACCGACAUCCUCGAGGGUGACCGCCUUGGGGGGCUGUCCAUCAGCCCACAGGGCAUCGUGAAGCGGGACGAACUGGUGUUUCGGGUGGUCCGGGGCCGCCAGGUGCCCAUCCUCAUGGUGACCUCGGGCGGCUACCAGAAGCGCACGGCCCGCAUCAUUGCCGACUCCAUCCUUAAUCUGUACAGCGUCGGGCUCAUCGGGUCUGAGUCCCCCAGCCUCUCGGCACAGAACUCAGACACGCCCCUGCUGCCACCCGAGGUGCCCUGACCACGCUGCCCUCCUGCUCUUCCAUGGCUCCCCGCCUGCCUCAGCCCCGCCCGCCCCUCAGUGCUUCUCCUUUUCUAACCACGGGGGUGGUGGGGGUGGCUGCCAGGAGGCGCCGAGGGGCAGGGGCCGGGCCCUCACAGGGCUGGCCUUGGGGGCAGACCCCCGCGCCCCCAUUGGGUGUCAGGGGUCUCCGGGCCUCUCAGUGGCUGGGGGCUGAAGGCAGGGCCCGAGUCCCAGCCGACUCACGUGGGGUUGCGGGUCCAACCAGGCCCUGCAGAAAGGUGGGCAGUUUCCCAAGGUCGGAGAAUGGGAGGUGAGGCUUUGGGGGCCCAAGUCACAGGAUCUGCUUCACCCUGUCUUCCUCACCUCAGGGAGGGCACGGGCAUCCGUGGGCAUCCGUGUGGGUGGGCCUGGGGGCCAGGUGCCACAGCUCGGCCUCCCGGGGGUGGUGGGCUCUGGACUCCCAGCCGACAGGCAAGAGCCCUGGUCCUGGACGUGACGGGUGGCCCGGAACGGCAUGCGAGUGGGUUUUCCCAUCUGGUAUUCCCCUUCAGUGAAGCAAGGGCUGGACCUGCUUUCCCAGGGCUCCUCGGUGGUGAUAAGAGCAGGAGAGGGCCCGAGGAGCCCCAAAUCCAUGUUCCAGCCAUGGUCUUGCCUGUUUGGGGAGAGUAACAGGUUUUGGAGGAAGAACGCUUGGCUCAGUGAGGGGCCUCAGCACUGGAGGCUUGAGGGGGCUGCUGACCCUGGUGGGGAGGGGCAGAGGAAGGUGAAGCCCAGAAGGGGACCCUGGAGAUGGGGACAGGUGGCCAAGCUGAGUCCUGUGGGACCUGAGGCCCCAAGUAUGGUAGCCGGGCUGGCGUUCCUGGAGGUAGUUCAGAGCUCGCCAUCCUGGUCUAUAGGUUGUAUGGGUAAGACCUGGGGCAGGAGCUCGGGGGGCGGGGGGUGGGGGGGUGGAACAGGGUGUGGCUACAGCCUCCACUGUCCUCACUCAAAGUUCCCAGGUCCUGACUAUGCUUGUGUCUGAGGUCCCAAGGGGGCCCUGACCUCGUCCUCAGCUUUAAUCUGAAGGGAACACUCAGGGCCACCCAGGAAGCUGGGUGGGGUGAGCAUCCACGCAUCCACCCCUUUACCUGAGUGUGUUCUUAGCGAUCAUGGGUGGGGGGUGUGAGGAGGGAAAGCGAGCCAGCUGAGGCAUAUCCCUGUCCCCGAGCAACCCCACCAUGGGGCUCAUGUUCACUACCAUCUGGGGGUAAUCUUGCAUCCUCCCAUGUACUCCCUUGGUGCUCCCGCUCCUGGGGGACAGGAGGAAGGGUUUCAAAAUCAUGAACUAUAAAAAAGACUGACCUCCUGGACUAGACCUCGAGGCACUAACCACGCACUUGGACUCUGCCCCCCGCCCCCUGCCCCGCCCGGCCUGACUGAAGGUACCUAACAUCCCCUCACGUCCACCUGGAGCCUGCGACACGUGGGGGCAGGCAGUGGGCUCGCUUCAUCACUGUUGAGCUGCUGUUUGUAGAGAACCAUAAAGGCUCUUCUUGAUUGGA